GGGAAGAUAAAUUGCCCUCACAUUUUAUCUACAUUUGUCUCAACAACAGAGAACGGACAGAGUAAAUCUGAACAAUUUUGUAUUGGGAAAUUCAAGUGGAAGAAGAAUGGAUGUAAUCUCCUAGUUUUAUGGGAAGGAAAUAUUGACGAGCAAUUUGGGUUGGUUAUUUGCGUUUUAGCCGCCAAGAUAAUUGACGUUCUUGAACAAGAGCUACCAGCUGAAUUUAAGAGGAAGUACGGACUAUCCUGGAGUUUGAUAAAGGCGUCGUUGGGGAGAAAACCAGAACCCAUCGUUGAAGUAAAAGUUAACAUCAAAAUGACGGUCAUGCCUGGGUAUCAGGGAACACCAAAGCCGAUAAUGUACGUGGGGAGGAAAGUCAGCAGUCCUGAUGCUUUUUCACAAUGGUUGCUUGCUAUGGGCUUAGCCUCACCGCCGAAUCCUCCAGUAGUUCUCAACAGCUUGCGAUAUGAUGAUAACACCCACGUGGUGACUUUCCAUCUGCGCGAGGAAGACUGGAAUGAACACAACUGUGCAUCCACGAUAUGGAUAUCAUCCGACGAAUUGAUAUCUGUCAUCAAUUGUGAACCAGUGAGUCUUGGUGAUGAGAAUGUGCAGAGUGUUGAACGGGUUGAUCCUGUCGAAACAUUUGGUCUGUUUGCAAGGCAGACUUUCACGGUGGUGGAAUCCAACGAAAAAUGCCAAGCACUUAAGGUACUAAAAGUGGAGGAGAACAUACAUUUUUAUUCUGCAGAACUUGAGAUUCUAGACUAAACCAUAUGC